AUGGCUGGCGUUCAAGUUGCGCAAAAGAAGAGGACAUUUAAACCUAGACUGGAUCCAUUAUGUACAUUCACAGCUGCUGAGCUACAGGCAAGAUUUAGAUUUACUCAUCAAGGAAUAGAAUUCAUUACAGAUUUAAUCAGAGAUGACAUUACACCUUCGACUGGUAGAAAUUAUAGCGUGCCAGCACAUGUACAAGUUAUGGUAACUUUAAGAUAUUUUGCAACUGGGAAAAUGCAGUUAUGCAGCGGUGACAAUUUUGGACUGCAUCAAUCUACCGUUUCCAGAAUAAUUCAAAGAGUUACAACUGCUCUUGUACAGCCACACAUUGUGAAACGAUUCAUAUCUUUUCCAAUGCAAGCAGAGACCAUCAGGAAGCACCAAGCAGAUUUUUUUGGAGUAGCUAAAUUUCCAGGGGUGAUAGGGGCUAUUGAUGGUACCCAUGUUAGAAUUAUUGCACCUAGUGAGCAUGAGGUAGAGUUUGUCAACCGGAAAAAUUUCCACAGUAUCAAUGUUCAGAUUGUUUCAGAUGCUCAUCACAGAAUUUUAGAUCUUGUAUCCACAUGGCCAGGUGCAACACAUGAUGCGAGGAUACUACGAGAGAGUGGGUUGUUUCAAAUCUUCAACAGACGCCUCUUGCCCGUGAAAUGCCAUCUUCUAGGCGACAGUGGAUAUCCAUUGAAAGAUUGGCUAUUGACCCCAUAUCUAAACCCAGCUGGUGGACCGCAAAUCCAGUAUAAUAGGUCUCACAAGUGCACUAGAACGAUUGUGGAAAGAACUAUUGGGCAACUGAAAAGAAGGUUCCAUAUCCUCCAUUCUGAAAUUCGACAGAGUCCUGAGCGAGCUAGCAGAAUUAUUACAGCUUGUGGAAUUCUUCACAACAUUGCCAAGAUGUUUAACAUCCCUCUUGAAGACGACAGCGACAACGAGGAUGGACCUGACGACAAUGGCAAUGCUGACCACACUGUUGGAGACUUCCGAAAUGCUGAUGGCCGAGCUUACAGAACUCACAUUGUUGCUACUCAUUUCACUUAA